AAAAUUAAGUAUAUGGCCUCGACAUUUAUGUGUAUACCUCCAUGACAGGGUUCUCUGUAUACGGAACGGUACGGUCGACAUUGCAAAGGGGUACUCGCGCAAGGAAACAAUAUUGGAUGGUCGUCUCAAUCGCUGCAAGGGUGAAUUGUGUUACGCGAGGGAUGACGAUGUUUUUCUUAAGGGGAGAGGCAGUUUUCGUCGGUGGACGCGUUGUGUUGCAUGACUUCGUGAACAGUAGAGAUGCAGAGCAUCUCUCAUCCAUGAGUGCGGGAGGAUAUAUUUGUUUUUUGUGUGGACCUGUCCAAGGCCAUGUUGAAGCAUCGUGGUUCUUGAAGCGGCUUGGGAAAAAAGCACAUUACUAUGUGCCCGGAAGAACCUGCAGUGGCGUACAACGGUAUUCGGUCUGCCGAAAGUAAUAAACAGCCUGCAGCGGUGGCAGUGCUGCUUCUCGCGCUUCACGCAGCACUUCAGAGUUCGGCUACGUCGUCAUACGUGGUGGAAAACAAUUGGAAAACUCCGGCACUGGGGAUCUGCAUGAGCUUGGAGCGCAGGAUUUGCCGGCAAAUAGAGUUGUUUUUGCGUUGCAGGGCCUUGAUGGGAGUGGGUAACUGUGAGUUCAUGGCAAGGUACAACGAACGGCUACAAAAGCAGGCACUGACAAAAAAGCGAGUGAAGCAGCUGAAGUCAGGAAUAUGAAUCACGUCGCUAUACGCGACACAUACAUUUGGUCGCAGAUGAACGUGGAAAGCAACAACUCAAAUUUCCGUUGCGCUGCGUACAAUGACGUGAUCUGUAUUCAUGCCGCGCUGGGACACUUCGUUUGCUUUUGACUUUUUGUGGAAGGGUCGCAGUGAUGGUGUGCGUUCGUGGCAUUUAGCGAUUAAAUUGGGGAACGGAUCAGAGAAAUAAAGAGUGUGCGUGGCGACAGGCCGCCACUGCCCCGUCUGAGGUUGAUUUACUACACGGGUGAUCGUGCCGGUGAACUACAUUAACAUGGAGACAAACUGCACAAAACGCACAAGUCUGACAAACCCAAAAAGGACACGGGUUUCUGGUGAGUGGAGCGAAGGUCUUGAAUUUCAACGGAGACGGCAGGAACAUAAAUCAUUGGGAAGUUACGUGUGGUCCAUU